UCCAACAAAAAAAAAAAAAAGAAACAGUGCAAAAGGAACUUAACAUCUAUCUAAGACUAUAAGCCCUAUAUCAUAUCACAUAAAAAAUAGUGUCUAAAAAAUAAAUAUAUAAUCUGAAAAAUAAAAAAACAUAACACUCCGACUCAUUGUAGUCAAAAAAUAGAACGUGAUCAAGUUAGACAAAAAAGUCGAAAAAAAACGUAAACAAACUACAAAAAUGUGCCAUCAAAUUACUUCACAAAAUCUCGGCAGUGGGAGGAGGAGCACUCAGUUCACCAGCUGCCAUCUCAACAGACAACUCCUACUGGUCAUCAUGAUGCUGGCCAGCUUCUUGCCCUUCAGCCAGGCCAGGCAUCUGCACGAUCAGGUGGCCGCCCUCGACUAUGCCACGUCCUUCGAGGACGAGAGCUCGGCCCGAGAGCGGGAGCGAGAGAGAGACAAUGCCGCCGCCGCUGCCGCAGCUGCCAUUCUGGCAUCCUGGCGUCAGCAUGCCAAUCCUUUUCACGGCCUGGCCGAAAGCUUUGGCGAAGGCACCUACGACAGCAGCGAUAGCAGCGACAGUGCCGACUUCGACACCAGCAGCAGCAGCAGCAGCAGCAGCGAAAUGGGCCUCAGCGAGAACAGCUACGAGGAGAUCGCCCAGGCAGCGCUGCGUGCCGCCCGCCGGGAACUGCAUCGCCGCCAAAGGACACGUCAUGCCCGCAGCCACAACCUGAGGCUCUUCAGCGCCCCCAACCCCCAGAUUCCGGAGUGGGAGAACCCAUGCGGUGGUGUCUACCAGCCGGGUGAUAGCUCCAAUCAGGAGGACAGCUCCAGCCAAGGACGAGUGAUCAAGCGCAGGCAUCUCCUCGCCCUGCGGAAUAACACGAUGAGCGAGUACCGCGACAUCCGGAGCCGGGCCAAGUUGGAAUACCGCGACUUCCAGCACUGGCAGCACGAAUACAAAUUCCUGCCGAACAUGACGCGAUCCACCGGAGCUGUUAAACUAAAGACCUGGUACCGCAGCGUGCAGACCUUUGUGGGCAGUUUCGCAUAUUUGGGCAAGGCUCAGUACAAGUACCGGAAGGAUCAUCAGCAGAGCCUGGACGCUGUCACCAAUGAACUGCAUGCGUUGCUGGUCAGUGCCAGGACGAUGCUGUGCGAGAUCGAGACAACGAUCAAUGCCUCGUAUCCGAAUAGUAAUGGCGCCAAGCUGACCAGGAUUAGUCGGGAGACGAUGCAGGAGCGACUGAAGUUCCACACCCCAGCCGAUGGCAGCGAGGCGGCGGAUGAACGCGACCUCAAGGUCACCAAGGAGCUGUAUUUGCAGUAUUUGGAGAAUGUAUUCAAGACCCUGCACUCGGCACUGAGCCGGAAACAUCACAGACAUCACAGCCCGGCCAGGCUGGGUGGAGCAGCAGGAACUGCAGCUGGAUCAUCAGGCCUGGAUUCUGGCAGCCUGCGAGGUGGAAGCUCGGAAAGUUUUGAAUUGCGAAGAGGCAGCAUUAGUUCCGGAUCGGAGUGUGCUUCCGGGGAAUGCUAGAAAAUGCUGGAAAAGCCUUCCAGCCACAAAUACAAGCCCAGUAUUAGCCAGGUUAACCAGAAACCAAGGCCAAAACAUAACAAAAAAAAAAAA